UCACCAGAGCGUAAAUCAGGUUUAUGCUGUGGACUAAAUGUUCUGACAUGUAGUUAAUUCUGGCAGAUAUGAAUAUGAUUCCGGACUCAUCAAACAAAGUGCCUUGUUAUUUUCCCUACAAUGAUUUACUUCUGAAAUGCAAAAAUCUGGAAACACUUUACUGCACCUUGUUCUUACUUGGCCAAGAAUGAUAACUGUCUGGAAACCAACUUUGAGUACUGAAAUACCUUCAGCCAAUCUAAAAGAACUCAGUUCACACCUUCAUACUGAAAGCACCAAGGUUGCAUCCUCUGAAUAUUUCAACAUGUCAGGUAGGAAAAUAUAGUAGCAAAACAAUUAUCCUGGAAGGGUUAUCUCCUGUGUGAAUGGAGCAGAUAAGCGUAUCUGUGUGGUGUCCUGUGGAAAGAGUGAGUAAGUGGAUGUGUGUGUGAUGGACUCAUGCUGAGUCGGCUUCACAUAACAAACACCUUGUAUGGAAAUACAGGCAAACCUCUAGCACCGAUUUCACUAACACAGCAGGAUGUCCUCUGGUCGAGCUGGAUUCUAAUAUGUUUAUCAGGAUGCCCCUCGGAGGGGGAAACAGGUGUGGCUGUUGCCAGAAGACUGUGUACUUUGCAGAGGAAGUCCAGUGUGAGGGGAAGUAUUUCCACAAGUCCUGCUUUCUCUGUAUGGUCUGCAGAAAGAAUUUGGACAGCACCACGGUAGCUGUACACGUGGAUGAGAUUUACUGCAAAUCGUGCUAUGGCAAGAAAUAUGGUCCAAAAGGCUACGGUUAUGGUGGCGGUGCCGGAACCUUGAGUAUGGACUCAGGUGAAGGACUGGGGAUCAGACCUGUGGAGCAAGCAGCACAUCAACCUACAAACAACCCCAAUGCCUCCAAGUUUGCACAGAAAUUUGGCAGCUCGGAUGUGUGCCCUCGCUGUGGCAAAGCUGUUUAUGCUGCAGAGAAAGUGAUGGGAGCUGGUAAUGCAUGGCAUAAGAGCUGCUUCAGGUGCGCUAAGUGUGGAAAGAGCCUGGAGUCCACCACACUAGCCGAUAAAGAUGGAGAGAUCUACUGCAAAAGUUGCUAUGCUAAAAACUUUGGGCCGAAGGGUUUUGGGUUCGGCCAAGGGGCAGGAGCUCUAGCCCAUGCACAGUAGGAACGCAGUACACAAGACCAAGAGGAUCUGCUUCAGCUUUCUGCUUUGAUUUCUGCAUUUCUACACCUACCACAGAGUCGCACGUGCUUGCAAUUUGCACAUGGAAAGGCUUUUAAACCUUUAACUACUCAUUAUAAAGAGCAUUAUUUUACAAGGGCCAGAUUCUACAAGCAGCAUGACUACACUUUCAACGAUGGGUUUAUCAAACAGAUGACGUUUUCAUACUGUUUUAUAUCUACUGGGGUUUAAAUGUUCUCAAUGAAUCUUAAAAAUAACAGGAAGUUAACAAUCCUUUAAAACUGUUAGAAAAGAGCUAAUUUAUUAAAUCAAUAAAUAUUGCUUACUUGUUCCACUGAGUCAACAGUGAGCCACACUAGUGGUUUAAAACACAUUACCUCACUGUGCAAUACUACACAUUACUACAUAUUACAGUUUAUGCUUCUUUGGGACCUCUCAGAAACGUGUCACAUGUCUAAUAGUGAAGAAAAUAAUUGAGGAGAAACGGUCGUGAUUAUACUAAAACGAUCUCUAUAAACUGCUAUAGCCUUCCUUCACAGAGGCAGGGUAAACAUGUGCAGAUGACCUGAUUGUUUACAUAUGACAUCAUUGAGACAUCAAAAAGCAGAAGUGUUGUUAAUGAACAAUGGGGGAUUAUGUCUCCGAGCCUGUCGGCACCCUGACCGGGAGCAUGCUGCCAUGAAGACACGAAUUAUGGAAUGAAAGACUGAGAGACAUUGAGUGACAGAUUAUCCUGUGUUAAUCUGAAAUGAAAUAAUCCAAAUGCAGGUUUAAGUCUUUAAAUAUACAGCAGAAAUACAGACCUCAGUUAAAAAGAAGGGGAAAACAGUCACUGUGUUUUGUGUGGAAAAAAGUGGAGUGCUUUGCCACCAGAUACACUGUCAUGCAGUUUUAUAAGGAAAUUAUUUUUAAUGCAGAUUUUGGCUUUCAUUUAUGUCUAUCGCUACAAGUCCCAGACAGCCUCUAUAAAGUUUUUUUUUUCUUUCUGAAAAGUGCUGCAUUUCUUAAUGUUACUUCUGUGAUUAGCACUCUGUUCAUUAUAAGUGGUUAUUAACUGCUCAAUGACCUUGCUGGACUAAUGAGGGGGUUUCAAGCUAAAAAUAAAUGCAUUUUUUCCUUUGGAAAUAAUCACA